UCAGUUGCUGCGCUCUGACGGAUGGGGAUAGACUGCCAAGGAGAACUAAGGGGUGAGAAGAGUGUGUUUCUUCUCCACUCUGGUGUGUUUUCUGGCUUUCUCGCAUGAGCUGUUAAUUUCAGCCCCACGCCCGAGGAUGAGGAGAAUCUAUAAGUAAGGAAGACACAUAAAAGAAGAGGGAACAAGGAUCAACAGGGUGGAUGAUUCUGUGAGUGGCAGACAAGCAGAGAUCUUUUAUUUUCCCCCAGGAUCAGUCAAGGAGUCCUGUCUCCCAGUAGCAGCCAUGUGAAAGGAGCUGUCAGCAUGCAGAGGAUGCCCACUUCCAGCUAAAACAGAACAGUCCUCCCCCUCUUCUUCUCCCCACCCGCUCCCUCCCUCCUUCCCACAUGAGGGCACGAAGAUGACUAUCACCAGCCGGCAGUCCUUUAACAUCCUGACGGUCAUCUUCCUACUGCUGACCACUGCAGCUCUUUCAGCUCAUGACCGAGUGUGUGAACCCUACUCUGACCAUAAAGGGAGAUACCACUAUGGAUUUCACUGCCCGCGCCUCACAGACAACAAGACCUACAUGUACUGCUGUCAUCACAACAACACGGCCUUCAAAUACUGCUGCAACGACACCGAGUUCCAGCUGGUCAUGCAGGUCAACCUUACCACCACUUCUAAAGGUUUUGCACACAAUAAUUACACAGCCUUGAUUGGCGUGUGGAUCUAUGGCUUCUUCGUCAUGGUGCUGCUGGCCUUGGACUUCCUCUACUACUCAGCCAUAAACUACGAGCUGUGCCGGAUCUAUCUGGAGAAGUGGGGAUUAGGUGGACGCUGGCUUAAGAAGGCUAGGAAUCAGUGGCAUAGAUCCAUGCCUGAGGAGAGUGAAGUUCAGACUCAAGCCCAGCCCAUGGUCCCCAGCGGCCACUAUCAGCCCAGACACAGCCUCAGAGGAGAGAGCCACAGCCCGACGCUCCUACCCUACAACACGUCCACUGCAUGAAUGAUGCAGCUAUGGACAAACUGAAGAGUAGCAACACCUGGUUUCCUUAUAGAGUAGAAAGGAGAUGUUACGGAAUCCCAUCGCUGUGGACUGCAGAUACAUCCCCUCUGUUGGUUUGGCCAUUCUUUAGUAGUUUGUUGUGACUACUGCCCCGUCUAAUGAGCACAAACACCCAAGGACAAAAGCAGCUUUUUUAGAAGGAACAUUUGAAAAAGGACUAUUUCAGCUAGACCCUCAGCAGAGGUGAGACUGAUAUGUUUAAAUGCUCAGAGUUUCAAAUGAUUUUUGAAAUUAGCUGGCAUGGUCUGCAGCGCCCCAAACACACCCAGGAUGAGCUGCAAGCUGACUGCCAUCAGUCUACAGAAACAAUUCCUCUUUCUACAGUAGAUAUGAAAUGUUUAUCACACCGCUGUGUCUCUUUGUGUUCCGUAGCAGUUAGACACAGUUGUAGAUUAUCUAUUUGGUGAAUUAUUUAUGUGAACUAGUAGGAGAAUUUCUAUGAGUAACUUUCUGAAAAUAUAAUAGCUUGGUUUGAUGCUGAGCAUCUCACUUAGGAUGUUUUUGUUAAGACCAGACAUGUUUGUCCUUGGUCAUGCUGGAAAUGGCAUCUUCUUAAAAAAUGUUUUAACUACUCCUUUCUGCGUAACAAAGGCUUUCCCUCCACAGUGUCUGACAAAAACACAACACCAUACAGUUUUUUCCUAGGUGGGUCAUAAUCUUUACAAGAAGUCGAGCAGAGGUUCUGUUUCUUCAAUCAGAACAUUAGUGAGGUUCAGGGAUGCCUUUUGGAGUAGGAGGAAGCUUUAUGCCAAGUUAAACAAACUCCUUGGUGACAGCCCUUCAGACCAACAACAAACCCAGGCAACUUCUAAGCUUAAUGUGUAGUAUUUUGACUCGUCUGAAGUCUGUAAGUAUGGCAGCUUCAUUAGCAAUAUAAUGCAAAUUAUUUUCCUUUAGCUCCUUUAUAAGGGGAACUUUGUAUCCUGUAUUGGUGACAGAUAAUUGUAAGAAAUUAGCCAUGAUUGAAAAAAAAAAUCCAUCCAGGCCCCUUCACUGUCAGCAAUAAUGUACAGCAGCCAAUCAUAAGGAUGAACUGGUAUCAUUAAAGUAGUAAGUACUGACUGGGAAAUCAUGGAGGUGUGUCCCAAACACCUCAGAAUAGACUGCAUAUGUUUAAAGGUGAAUGAAUAUACAGUGUAAGAAAAUUUUUCAAAAUAUCUCUAAAAAGCUUUCCAAAGAUUUUAACUACCAUUUUGUACAAAAAUCUAUCUGUAGCUGAGAGUUGCAUCUGAUCAGAGCUCAUCCUAAUUAUCCAGAAAAAAUGUUAAAAGUACUUCUAUGAUUUUCAAGAAUCUUGGUGUUUGUUUUACUAAACAAAAGCCCUAAAACCAGGAUGCAGUGCUCGUAAAAGUCUUUAAACCUCAUCCCCAAUUUAUUUUUGUUCACAUUCCAACCACUAACGGUAGUGUAUUUUAUUGGUAUUUUAUUGUUUAAACAAUAAAGGGACUGACCUACUAUUAAAUAAAAAAACCAAUGAAUUGAUUGGGCGAACAAAAAAUGCAUACGGAAUCAGGGGAUGAUCUACUAUGACUGUAUGCACAAUGGAAAACAGGUGCAAAAGUGUUGCAGACUGCCCUACUGAAAUAAGGAUUUUGCGUGUGCUUCUGUCUCUUCUCGUGAAGACUUAUGGGUAACAGAGUAAAGUUAAAAAGAAUCCAAUUUUUAAGGCAUUAAAUUUAAAGUCAAUUAAAACAGAUAAACAUUAUCAGUUAUUUUUAUAAAGUGAUUUACAGACAACUGUAAAAUUAUCUAGAACCAUGAAUAUAAUAAAAUCUUAUGUGUAAAGAUAACAUAUGUAUUACAAGGGCUGAAAAACAAAAAUGCUUUUGGCACUUAAGAAGAGAAUCCUUGCUCUCUCACUCUGUUUUGGUUGUUAAUGUUUAGUUUUCUUUGUUCAUAAACAUACCGCAAUAUUUAAGUUCAUUCAUGGUGUUUUAUUUUCUUUUUUCCCCCACAUAAACCAUGAAACACUCUAGCAUAUACUAUAUUGUCAAAAGUAUUCACUCACCUGCCUUAAUUUGAACAUGAAUAUACUUGACGUCUUAAUUUAUAUUGAUCAAUAUGAUGUUGUUCCACCUUUUGCAGCUAUUAUCAGUCUUGACUCUUCUGGAAAGGUUGUCCACAAUGUUUAGAAGGGUGUUUAUGGUAAGUUUUUACAAUUUCUCCUGAGGCAUGUUUGCGAGGUCUAGACUAAUGGCAAGAAGGAAUGGCUCUCAGUCUUUAAAUCUCCCAAAGGUGUUAUAUUGGGUUGAGGUCAGGAUCCUGUGCAGGCCAAUAAAAAAUCAUCCAUACCAAACCCUCUGCUCCAUACCUUUUUCUGGACCUUGCUUUGUGCAAAGUUAUAUUGUAAUGCGAAGGGAACAUCUCCAAACUUUUUCUACAAAGUUUGAGAAAGUAAGUGUCCAAAAUCUCUUGGCAAACUCAAGCAAUGAGCUGCCCCAUUGCUUGAACUGGAACUAAUCUCAGCUCCUAAAAACUAUCCAUCAACAUAAUUCCCCCUCCACUAACUUUACAUGUUGCACUUUAGAGCCAGGAAAGUAGAAUUCUACUUGCAACGGCGAAAGCAGACUUUUCCAUCAGACUAUCCAGGAUUCAUCUGUACAGGAAACACUUCUCCACUUGUGUAGAAUCCAGUCAAAGUGUGCUUUACAUCACUGCAUUAAAUGCUUUGGAUUGCGCUUGAUGAAUUACCAAAAAAGCACCUGGUAAUGGAAAACUAUUCUAUAAAUCUCCCUAUGUGCUGUUGUUAAGCUAAUCUAAAGGGGAUAUGGAAUUUUAAGGUAUGCAGCGACUGAUUGUGCAAAACGUUGAUCACCUCUGUGCACUUAUGCACAUCAGCAUCCACUGCCUUUGCUUUUUUAGUUUCUCUACUUGGUGGCUAAGUUGCUAUCUUUCUUAAUGAUUUCAUGUUGUUAUAGUGCCACUAAUAAUUGAGGAGCAAAAUACUUUCAUGCCUGUAGUUGUUGCACAGGUAGCAUCCUAUAAUAGUACCAUGUGGAUAUUCACAGAGCUCCUGGUAGCAACCUAUUCUUUCAUUAUUGUUAGAAAAAGGCGUCAUCCCUUUGCGCAGGUCUUCAUACAAAAAGUUAAGGCUAAGAAAUGGACUGAAACACCUGAUUAUGAUUAUAUGAAUGGAUGAGUGAAUAUUUUUGGCAAUAAAGUGCAUGUUCACAAGUACUGACGGUUUGCCUCUUCUCUCAUUAACCAGUGAUACCUUUUUGCACAUGAUGAGGACAUUUUGUGAGUGAGUUUGCACCUGGCUUUCAAAGAUGCCAAAUGUAUUUGAUAAAUAG